AUGAGCGGAUUCAACGAUCUUUUGAAAAAGGGUGAGCUGGCUCUCGGCGGCGGCAAGGACGGUAAGGGUCCAGACCUCUCUAACAUCCAGAAGGAUGCUCAGCAGGCCUACGACACUUUCAACAAGACCGAAGGCUCUGCUACCGACAAGGCUAAGGCUGCCUACUCCGAGUUCUCCAGCAAGUCUGGCGACUCCAAGGAGUCUUCUGAGAAGAAGGACACAUCUCCCACAAAAGUUACCAAGUACAAGCAUAUAGACGGUCUCAAAAAUGAUAGGUCGAAGUUUGCCUUUCAAGAAAAGAUCAGCUCAUUAGAGACCUCAAAGGCCAACGGAUUAUCGUUGUUGGAGCGCAUCAAGCUCAAGGAGCGCAUGAAUUCAAAAGUUGAUAUUGGUCAGAAGAAAAAAGACGACUACGAUAGCUACAUCAGAACCAAACUGCCACAAAUCUAUGACAUAAUUUACGAACUCGCAUCAGUGGCGUCCGUCAAUGCAUCACAGAGCUUUACCUUGAGUAAAGUCAUCUCCAUAAUUAAAGACUCAUCGGUUUAUGCCACAUCUGAAUCCGAAAUCCAAGACGUCAUCAACGACAUCGAGAUGAAGUUGGGCAAAGAAAGACUACAAUUGAUUGAAAGAAAUCACAAUAAGGUGAUUAGGGUAUUCAAUCUUAAUAGAGAAGAGGACUUACAACUCCUCCGCAAGGAUAAUUAA